AUGACAAUACAACAUCCAAAGACAGACAAAAUCAACUUGAAGGGGUUGACACUGCUUGAGCUAGAAGAACUGGUGACACAGUGGGGCGAACCGAAAUAUCGUGCGAAGCAACUGAUGUCAUGGAUGUAUCGCGGACGAGUGGAGACAUUCGAGGCAAUGACGAACCUGCCCCACAAGCUAAGGCAGAGGUUGGCAGAUCUAGCUUGCAUCGGUGGGCCACAUGUCCUCACGCGCACGGCUUCCAACGCCGACACGGCAAUCAAAUACCUGUUUGAACUUACUGAUGGCAGCCGGGUCGAAAGCGUCCUGAUGUAUGAUCAAGAUCGCAUCACGGUCUGUGUUUCGUCACAGGUGGGGUGUGCGAUGGCGUGCGAUUUCUGUGCGACCGCGAAGAUGGGAUUUUUCCGUAAUUUGACAGUGGCGGAGAUUUUGGACCAAUUGAUAACAAUCGAACGUGAAUUGGACGACGAAAAAGGUGUGACGCAUGUUGUGUUUAUGGGGAUGGGGGAGCCGCUGGCAAACUAUGACCAGACUGUGAAAGCAAUCCGCUUGAUGACGGAUGCGAAUGGGUUAGGGAUAUCUGAAGGGAAGAUCACCGUUUCCACCUCCGGUUUAGCCCGGCGGAUGCGGCAAUUCACCCACGAGCAACUCAAGUGCAAUCUUGCCCUUUCGUUAAACGCCACAACGGACGAAACUCGAACACGCCUGAUGCCUAUCAACGCCAAAUAUCCAAUGGAUGAAGUCCUCAACGCCACACGGGAAUGGGCACUUGCGACACAACGACCCGCCACACUUGAAUAUGUUCUUAUCCAAGGUGUGAAUGACAGUGUUGCAGACGCUAGACGCCUCCGUAAACUGAUGGGACGGCUGCCGUGCAAGCUAAACCUUAUCCCCUUCAACGAGAUCGAAGGUGCCGAUUUUCAACGCCCCAAACUCGAUCAGAUUGAACGAUUCCGCCGCAUAGUCGCAGAUGGGCACCAUGUCGCACCGAUUCGAUUCAGCAAGGGCAGAGACAUCGCUGCCGCCUGCGGUCAACUCCGAACAAUUUACGAAAAGCAGGGCGUGAUGCUGCCGCAAGUGUCAUAG